AUGGUUGUUGUGAAUCGUAGUUACGUUCCCCCCACAAUUAUCAAUUUCCGUACGGAUAAGCAACGCUUCUCUGCGGCGAAGGUUAUGCAGAUGGAAAUCUUCGGACCUAUUAUUCCGGUCUGUUAUUACAACGACUUCUCAGAAUGUGUGGACUUUGUAAAGUCUCGGCCUUCCCCGUUGGCUGCCUAUCUCUUCUCAUCGGACCCCACUUUGAAGGAGGCGUUCAAGCAUAACAUCCACUCGGGCAGUCAGGCGAUCAACGAUACUAUGGUGCAACUGAGUGUGGAGGACUUGCCCUUCGGGGGCACCGGAGCUUCAGGCUUCGGCGCGUAUCACGGCAAGCAUUCGUUCGAUUGUUUCUCACAUAAGAAAUCUGUGCUGUCUCGUCCGACCGUUCUUGAUGCUCCCCAACGUUAUCCUCCCUACAGCAGUAUGGACGCUAAGGUCUUGGGUGUGAUCCUCAAUGCCAAGGCGAGUUCAGUUACUCUCAGCCCAGACAAUAAUGGUUCUUCUCAGGCUUCUUUACUGUGGGGGAAGAUGUCUAGUAUGAUGACCACGAAGAAUGUCGUGGUCUUCAUUGUCUUGGUCUUGGCGUAA